GAUAUUGCGUGGGAAGUAUAUGGCAAAGCUGUUAUACAGGUUGAUUUAAAUGUUGUUAAAGGGCCAGAAGCUCUAUUUGGGCAUAUAAAACAAACUAUAAAUAAAGAUAUGUCACUUAAUUCAAUUGAAAAAAAAAUCUUAUGUGAUUACAUUGAUGAACAAUAUGAUACACAUAAAGUCGUUAAUCAAUUAGGUGAAAGAAAUAAAUGUGAAAAAUGUCAAGAAUGGACUUAUGCAAUGAAAACUUGCGAACACUGUAUUAGAAAACAUUUUGCAAAAAAUUUUACAAAUUGGACAUCAGAUAAUUCCGAUAUUGAUGAAAUAAUUCAAACUUUUCAGAAAAAUGUAGUUCUGCCGGAUAUGGCUAUAGAAUGGAUAUAUUAUGAAGAGUUUACUAAUGUGAAAUACUUGACUAAAGGUGGUUGCGCAUCAAUUUUUACAGCAAUAUGGAAUAGUGGAAGAAUUGUUAAGUGGGAUGCUGAAAAACAACAAUUUAAAAGAGGAGGAAGGAAUGAAGUUAUACUUAAACGAUUAGAGAAUUCGACAAAUCCAAACGAAAGAUGGCUACAAGAAGCCAAAGUACAUUUAAAUCUUAUGAAAACAAAUACAGGAACUGUUAGAUGUUAUGGAAUGACAAAAGAUCCUAUUACUCAAGACUUCAUGUUGGUUUUAGAACGUAUGGAGUGUAAUUUGCGAGAAUACUUACAACAAAAUUUUCAAUAUCUCACAUGGAAGCAAAGAAUUAAAAUUAUUUAUGAUAUUUCAGAAUCUGUUUAUUGUAUUCAUAAAGAAGAUUCAGUGCAUCGGGAUUUACACUCAGGAAAUAUACUUAGAAGCAUGCACACUAUGCAAUGGUUUAUCGGUGAUCUUGAACUCAAAGACCUAUUGUAUUUACUUGAUGAAUGUCAACAUAUUCAACAAUUCACCACGAAUAUUACCUUGGAAAAAGUGGAGAAAACCGUAAAUAAUAAUCAAACAAGCAAAAUUUAUAAUUUUCAAAAUCUUUCUAAACCAAAAAAUUCAACAGAAGAAGAGCAAACUGGUGAUGCAUAUGAUUCUCAAAUGGUAUAUUUAACUAUUGGAGAUGGACACUUGACAAUAAUGGCAUUUAUACUCACGAAUGGUCCAUAUUUAUAG